CCUGCUCAAUCAAACCACAAUAUAUGGUCACUUUUCUCAGUCACCCAUCCAACCCAACAACCGGCGAGCCUUGGCUGCCUUAGGCCCAUUUUGUUGAAACGCUUUCUCUUUCUCUGGUGGCCGGUGGGGUUUAAAGGGUUUAUUGAAGUCGAAGAAGAAGAAGAAGCUGAAGAAGAAGGUGAAGUAGAAUGGGAGAAAAGCCAAAAACCAAGGCUGUGUUGCCAUGGAUGAGAAGCCCUGUUGAUGUCAGUCUCUUUGAGCACUGCCCUCUUCAUCUCCUUCCUUCUCUUGAUCCCAGAUUGAAGGUGGGUUUGGAGAAUAUGGACAUAUCGUCUCUCUACCCAGUGCAAGUUGGAGUUUGGCAAGAGACAAUUGGGCCUGGUGCUUUUCAACGAGAUCUCUGCAUUCAAUCACCCACUGGAAGUGGCAAAACUUUAGCCUAUGCUUUACCAAUUGUCCAAACGCUUUCAAAUCGUGCCAUUAAAUGUCUACGUGCUUUAGUUGUCUUGCCUAAUCGUGACUUAGCCAUUCAGGUUAAGGAGGUUUUUGCUUCCAUUGCACCAGCAGUGGGCUUGUCUGUUGGUUUGGCAAUCGGUCAAUCUUCUAUAGCUGAUGAAAUUGCUGAGCUUAUCAAGAGGCCUAAGCUUGAGGCAGGCAUCUGUUAUGACCCAGAGGAUUUUGCACCUGAGUUGCAAAGUUCGGUGGACAUAUUGGUUGCGACCCCUGGAAGGCUAAUGGAUCAUAUUAACAACACCAAGGGCUUUACCCUUGAACAUCUCUGUUAUCUUGUUGUUGAUGAAACUGAUCGAUUACUUGGGGAAGCAUACCAGUCUUGGCUACCCACUGUGCUUCAAUUGACUCACUCUAGUGAUGAAAGUUUCUACCCUCAUGCUUCAAAUUUUCUUCCAUUUUCAUUUAAUUCUUUAAAGACCAGACGGAGAUGUGGUUUUGAGAGGGGGUUUAAGGGUAAACCUUCACCCAGGCUUGUGAAGAUGGUCGUGUCUGCAACACUGACCCGAGAUCCAAGCAAGCUUGCUCAGCUCAAUCUGCAUCAUCCUUUAUUUUUGACAACUGGGCAAAGUCGUUAUAAGCUUCCAGAACAAUUAGAAUCGUACAAAUUGAUUUGUGAAUCAAAACUCAAACCAUUGUAUUUGGUUGCCCUUCUGCAAAAUUUAGGAGGAGAGAAGUGCAUUGUUUUCACAUCUUCUGUGGAAUCAACUCAUCGUCUAUGUACGUUACUAAAAUUUUUUGGUGAUCUACAAAUCAAGAUCAAGGAGUAUUCAAGUCUUCAACAUCAAUCUGUAAGAAGUAAGACAUUGAAGGCAUUCCGGGAAGGGAAGAUACAAGUACUUGUUUCCUCUAAUGCGAUGGCUCAUGGCAUGGAUGUUGAAGGGGUUAGAAAUGUCAUUAAUUAUGAUCUGCCCGCAUACAUAAAGAGAUUUAUUCAUCGGGUUGGUCGGACAGCAAGAGCAGGCCAGACUGGGUCUUGCUUCACAUUGCUGCAUAAGGAUGAGAUUAAGCGCUUCAAGAAGCUGUUACAAAAAGCUGACAUUCAAUCUUGUCCUGAUUACUCUAUUCCUUCUGAUUCAAUUGAGUCACUUCGCAUUAUUUAUACAUCUGCGUUGGAGAAACUAAAAGAAACAGUUGAAGUAGAAACAUCCAGGAAGCGCAAAAUUGGUUUCAAGUCUUCCAAGGCAGGCAAAGAAAGUGAAACAAACCAGUCAAAGGAAUAGCUCGUGGUUCUUCAAUCAAGAUGCUUUGUAGCAUAUUCCAAUUUUGUAGUGUAUGGAAAGAGAUUUUUAGUGUAAAAGUGAACAGUGUUGACAAUAUGUAGUACACAAUUUUGUGACAUAACUGUCUUGUAUAUUUCAUUUUGUAACUUGUCUCAAAGGUCGGAAAGUAAUAGUUGGUUCUGUUUA